AUGGGGCCGACUGCGAGAUCAGCAUUUUAUUUUCUGGCGGGCAUUGCGGUUCUGGGACUUGUCCCAGCCGCCCUCGCCCACGGCGAUGAGCAUGGGGAUAUGGACAUGGAUAUGGACAUGGGCGCGCCUAGCGAGCCAAAGCCCGAUUCUGAGUAUCCGCCGACUUAUUUCGCCCACCCAGAACACACGGGUGCCAUCAUGACGCACAUUGCGCUUAUGGUUCUGGGAUGGGUUUUUGUUUUGCCAGUUGCUGUAAUGCUCUCAAUUGCACGCUCGCGGUACACGCUGAUGCUGCAAUUUGUCUUCCUGGCGGUGAACGGAGCCGGAGUGCUCUUCGGAGUCGUCUACAACACGAACACCCCGGAUCUGUACCCGAACAAUGCUCACCACAAGCUCGGAUGGCUGGUGACGUGGGUGAUUUCGGCGCAGGUGGUCGUUGGCCUCGUCGGCCGGGUCGCGGGCGCAUUCAGCGGCAAGGACAGCGGCAGGUCGAAAGUGAGCGCCGAACGCCAGGGGUUCAUCCCCGUGUCCACGGAGGCCAUGGCCGAGCAUCUUCGCCUAAACGAAUCGCGGGUCUCUGGCCACUUCCGCCGGUCCAAUGACAGCGGGCAGGGCACCGAGCCGAACACCGAGUCGCUCCGCAGCCACUCCGUGUCGACCAACGAGGACGAAAUCGAGAGCCCGCUGCACGAGGCUCGCAAGGAGUAUGCAGACGACGAUGAUUAUCUGGAUGUUGACCUCGAGGCAGACGUUCCGGCCGUGUCUCGUGGAGGAGCUGUUCAGGCGUUUGCGAAGAAAGUCGGGGGCUUGAUUUCGUCACGAGCAUGGAAAUUCCUGGUUUUCGGGUACAACUUUGUUGACCGAACAAGUUUGAUUCUCGGUUUCAUUGCGUUGUGCACAGGCAUCAUUACGUACGGGCGUUUCUUUGAGGGCCGUGCAAUCUUCAAUGGUUUGGCGCAUUGGAUUAAAGGUGGCGUAUUCGUCUGGCUAGGUCUCUUCACUCUCGGACGAUGGGCAGGAAGCUUUGGCGAGCUCGGCUGGGCCUGGAAUAUCCGUCCCAAGACGGCAGGCCAGAAGUGGCGGCCAAGCGCUGAAUUCGUGGAGAGUUUUCUGAUUUUCUUCUACGGUUCGACAAACAUCUUCCUGGAGCAUCUCGGCGGUUGGGGUGGAGAGUGGACUCCCACGGACAUGGAGCAUAUUUCUAUCACGGUGCUUUUCAUCGGUGGCGGAAUGUGCGGCAUGCUCAUUGAGUCGAUUCGGAUCCGCGAUUUGCUUAACACAACGGUGACAGAAAGCGCCAACACAUAUCCAGGUCAUGCACACAACGAUCAGGACCGCCAAAACUUGGAGGAGCCAGAAACAUACCGCUUCUCGAUGAAUCCGAUUCCGGCGCUGGUUAUUCUAUUGACAGGAAUGAUGAUGAGCUCUCAUACACAAGCAAGCAUGAUUUCCAGCAUGGUCCACAAGCAAUGGGGCAAUUUGCUUGCUGGUGCGUCUUUCGCCCGUGGCUUCACCUAUGUCCUCACCUACCUGAAGCCGCCCCGCUCUAUCAUGCCUUCGCGUCCACCAACUGAGCUCCUGGCUUCCUUUGGUCUGAUUUCCGGCGGAAUUAUUUUUAUGGCAAGCAGCAGCGACACUGUUGGAGGCAUGGAGCAUUAUGACCUGGACGCUAUGUUCAUUUACACCGUGACGAUGGGUAUUGUCGGCCUCCUCAUGGCCUGGGAGAUAAUCGUAAUCGCAAUCAAGGGAUGGGCAGUCCGCAGGGAGGCCGGCUGGCCAGCUCGCGGCUUGUCACGCGUUUGA